ACACCGUCUGAUGGGGUUUCUUAUGUGUGACUACAAUGGAAAAACGUCUACCUCAACUUGAAAGCGCGUUACCUUAUCCCCGGAAUGGGAUAUAUCUGGCAACAUUGUUCCAUGGUGAUGGCACGGUAUAUCCCUCCCGUGACUGGAGUCAUGCUCAUGUUAAGCCAGAAAUAUGUAUCGGUAUGAUAGUAGGCUACUCUAACUGUAAAUCAUACACCUUGACGGUUUUAAGUCAAACAAAAACAUUCUCAAAUGUAUAGCUGAACUAUUUUGUGUGUCAGCUCAAAUGCACCUCUGAAAUGUCUGACGACGAUAGAGAGAGAUUUCAUGGCAACAUGUGGUGGUGUGGAAUGCAUUGUAUCUCUAAAAUCAGGGGGGGAAAGGCGAUGGAAUGACAUUACGAAUGAGCCCGUGCGGCUGUGGACCCAUUUAGCACAUCUGAUGGACCGUAUUUUUUUCUCAAUAUAUUGACAUUCUCUGUAUGUACGGGGACUCACCGGGACACUGGGGCAGCAGCUUCAAUAAGAAGUGAAGUGCGACAAUAUUUGAGAAAUAUCAUUUUACGAAGCAGAGAUAACAGAGGAAUACCGAACCAAAGAUGAAUACUAUUGUGUUUAACAAAUUGAGUAACCAGGUCCUCUUCGAUGAGAAUGCGAAGGAGGUCGAGAGGAGCAGCAUCAAUUAUUUAGAGGUAAUAGAUGGACAGCAUCCGGACCUUCAUCCAGACCUGCUAUCAAGCAAUCACCAAGUUAUCAAAGACAACGGCAUCAGACACAGGAGGCCUACAGUCUGCGACCUUGACAACUACGUUAUGAAAACAAAAUCAGAAAAGGGCCGUCAGAACAGCGGGAAGGUGCGACACAAGCGUCAGGCCCUUCAGGACAUGGCGCGGCCCCUGAAGCAGUGGCUCUACAAACACAGGGACAAUCCGUACCCGACUAAAACGGAGAAAAUCCUGCUAGCCCUUGGCUCUCAAAUGACGUUGGUCCAGGUCUCUAACUGGUUUGCCAACGCCAGAAGGAGGCUGAAGAACACAGUGAGACAGCCAGAUCUGAGCUGGGCGCUGCGCAUCAAACUCUACAACAAAUACGUCCAAGGCAACGCAGAGAGACUGAGUGUCAGCAGCGAUGACACCUGCUCAGAAGAUGGGGACAACACUCUGCGGACGCAGACGAGUGGCGUUGAGUUUAGCAAGCCCAUGUACCAGAGCGUCAUCAAGAAAGAGGGAGCAGCCAUGAUGGGGGUGGGGCUCCGGGCUGCCGCCGCUGCCUCAUUGGCCGAGGACUAUGUGACUCCGCCUCCCAAGUACAAGAGUAGCUUGCUCCACCGUUACCUCAACGAUUCGCUGCGACACGUGAUGGUAGCCAACGCCGUCAUGGAUGCCAGGAAGAGGAACCACUCAGGAUCCUUCAGCUCCAAUGAGUACGACGAUGAUCUCCUCUCCCCGUCAUCCUCAGAAACCGAGGCAAACUUUGUUUAUCGAGCUGAAACCAUGGAUCAUGGAUCAAGUAAAUGUGACAAGGGUGGCGUUCUGAAGGAGAAGGUACYGGGCAAAGACGAGACGUACUGGAAAGAGAUCAACGCAGCCAUGGCCUUGACUAACCUGGCGCAGGGAAAGGACAGCAAUGCACCAGGGACGACUAGCUGCAUCAUCCAGAAGUCCUCUCAUAUAUCAGAAGUAAAGACUGUCAAAGUGCCUCUGGUGCAGAAGUACUAGCGCCUAUCAAAGAGUCGUCUGCCUCCAACUUAUCUUCCCUUCCACUCUCUAUGCAACACCAACAUUCCCUCUGAAAACUCACUCUGAAGAGUCAGUCAAAAAACGAAACAAGAAACAAGUACUCUCUUCUUUUGUUCUGUUUGUUUUAUGUCAGUAUAAAUGCAACAGAACUUAAGACAACCUAUUGUGUGUGUCGGUCGAUGUGUUUAAAAAAYAAAAAKCUGCAGUACAUGCAUUAGACAAGUGUUGAUAUCAUCAUCUUUAACUGCAUUAUUCUGUUCUCAACGAGACACUUUUGUAAUGUUAACUUAUUCGCUUUUUUAUACUCCGAAAUUUCUAUUGUACUUUUUUGCCAAAGUGCCUUUUGGAAGCAGAGCAACACACCCMGUGUGGUAAAUAAUGUACAGACAGUGUCUCUGGGAACAUAAAGGACUAUUUGAAGUGGCUAGAUGAGUGAAGUAGAAAUAUAUGGUCAUAUAAGCUUCUUCUGAAGUGGUCCCUUUCUCCCUGAUAUGUGCCUUAGAACUUGGAUGAAUUUAGCUCAUCAUCGAGGCACCGCUGUUAAAUAACAUCUGAACUGAUCUAAUUUAUCAAGACACACACCAUGUUAAGCCACAUCUCCCUGAUGGCAUUGUGUAUGUUUUGUCUGAGUCCUCAUUAUGACUGUAAAUUGAACACUGUUAUGUCUCAGACAGAAUACAACAGACCUGCCAACAAUAACUGUGAAUAUAUAUAAAGUUCACUCCAGUACAGCCAAACACACUAACACUGACAUGAAGCCCUCGAGGGUUAGAAUCGAUAGGAUAGCUGCAGAUCCACUGUUCUGUUGAUAGUCACCACCAUCAUCAUAUUUUCCACAGCUCGCCCUUGGGGUUUUAUUUUCCAAAGUGGAAGUAUUCUUAUCAAGGCUUUAGCCUGGAAAGCCCAAGCAAAUGUUGAACUAGCACCAUCGUACAGGCACGCUCACGUGCACAUACACACGCAGGCGCACCACAGUCACACACACACACACACACCUGGUCGAAGGUUUGGUCGGCAAAGUGCUGUUGAAACAAAGAGUGGCAUGAACUAAAGGGAUGUUGUUUCUGUUAUCAGUGUUGUAUUAUAUGAACUACAGUGUCGCUGCCUUCUCUUCUCACAUGUUUCCGUUCAGAGCAAGGUACUUCAACAGUGAAAAAAAGACGAGCUCACCAGGCCGUUUGAUCCUACACUCCUCCUCAGCUGUUUAGAAUCACAUUCAAAUUGCUGUUUACAAGAAGAGAGAGAGKGAGAGAACGAGAGAGAGACUUACUGUUUGACCUAAAAAAAAAGAAGAAAUUUGCCUUUUCAGUAUUAUCUCUUUGUCAGAAGGCAAAGUAACAAGUGUUGAAGUAUUUGUGAUUGUGAGUUUGUUUAUUGCAGCGGUCGUUCUGUUUCUAUCAAAGUUUGACUUAGCCAUACCGCAUUAAGUGUUGUUCUUUUGACCGAAUGGAAAGAAUCCUCCUUAAAUACUUAUAAAGUAUGUACAGUGCAUAUGUUAUUUACAUUGUAGCAACCCGAUGCCAAGUACGCCACCGAGAGAAAUCAAGUUGGACUGUUUGAGUAACUGUAGUCGGUCAUUUUCUGCCGACUCACUAAUUGUAUGUAUAUCUUCAAGGUACUGUUUAUGUGUCAAAAUGUACACUUCUUUAUUCUCUCUGCUGUUUGGGCCCUUUGUUUGACAACCUAGACUGUGCUUGUGAUCAAGGGGUGAUUGAGAAAAGCUGCACAAAGUUACUUUUAGAAACAACUCUUAAUCUUGAAUGUGCAAACUGUUAUAAGCUGCACUUAGCUCUCUGUUCUCCACUAGAAAGAAACAGAAGAAAAGCCGUCACUGAGAAUUUAUGGGAUUGAGUUUAGGGGAAAAACAAUGUGUUGAUUAUACAUAUCUUGUUAAACCACGCACACACACACUUACACACAGUUAUUUUUGUUAGCGUGCCUAUGGUAGCAGCGUAAUAAUAUAAGGAAUCACACUAGCCAAUCCCCAGGCACUAUAUUCUCAUGCGGGAGACUUCGGUCCACAUGUGUUUUUUAUACACCUGAUCCUGUAAGAGGCGCUGUAGGGUAACCUUUUCCCUCGCUCAGUGUGUUAAUAAUCCAUCCAUAUGUUUAGCUGGGGCACAACCCUCACACCUCACAGGGAAUGCAGCCCAUUCCAUACGGAAUACAACCCCCUUCAUACGGAACACAGUUGCCAGAGAGACUAAGGCUUCUAAAGCACAGAACAGAACAGCCAUUGUUAUACCUGUAGUCACUCAGCAACUACACUGAGUGUACAAAACAUUAAGAACACCUCGUCUGAGGGAAAAGGGGAGGGGGGGGUGCAAUUCAAUAUUAGGAAGGUUUUCCUAAUGUUCAGUAUACCCAGUGUAUAACUGUACCCCUUCGGUUCGGUAUGAUCAAUAUUUUCCUUUCAUGUGCACAAACUCAUGCUUUCAAACAACAACUGACAAACGGAGAGCAAUUUACUUUUGUCAUAUUUUUGAAAAUCUAUAAAUUAUUAAGGAUUGUAAAAAAAGAAGAAGCUGGUGACAAUAGUCAAUUUUUUUAUUGUUAAGUUAUAUGAGUUCAAAUUUUUUGAUAGAGACUGGAUUGUUAUCCAAUGACCAAAUGCAUAAUAUCUCAUUGUAUUGUCUGAUUUUGCUUUUAUGUAACAUUUACUUUCGUGAUACUAUGGUUACUUCCACAAAACAUUGAAUAAACCCUUGAAGAAAUUGUA